AUGAUGGAUCCCCCGUCAAAACCGCAGUCGAGCCUCUUUCAGGUCUACUUGCGUCUCAGACCUACACCAGCUAGUCCUACCAAUGCAGAGCGAUUCUUGCUGGUGGAGGAAGUCGAGGAGGGUAGCGCGCCCACAUACGUCACGUUGAAUCCACCGAAUGACCGAAGACGCGCCAUCGAGAAGUUUGCCUUCACCGAGGUGUUUGAGGAGGAUGCAACCCAGCUGGAUCUAUUUCAAGGCACGCGCGUACUGCCUCUGGUCGAGGGCGUACUUGCACCUCACGGUGGCGAUGGUACAGAUGGUCUCCUAGCUACGCUUGGAGUCACGGGCUCUGGAAAG